CUGUUUGGCUAACGAAGGCAGGAAGAUUGGCGGGACCAGGAGACAAGGAGAAUUCUGGGAAAGGUAGGCGGAGAGAGACCUGAAGGAGUUGCCAAGUAGCUGCCAGAGGAGAAACAGAUCCAGACAUUCUCCAGUAAGCCAAGACCACGUGAAAACACAUAGAUUAGUAGUUAUGGGUUAAUACUUAAGACACAGUUAGCCAACCAAAAGCCCUACCCAUAGGCUAACAGUUUAAUUAAUAAUUAAUAUAGCCUCUGUGUGUUUAUUCGGCGCUGAGAAGGCAGGCGGGAGCUGGCGGGACAAGAAAAACCUCUGUGACAAUCUGCUAUCCUUCCAGGGGCAAAUCCAUACGCGGUGUCAGCCCGCCUCCCCCUCUGCAUCCAUGGUGCUUCAGCCAUCCCGAAAGAGAUUGACGCCUGUUGUCCUGAUGCUAUGGAUUCCCACUCACUAAGGCUGACCUGCGUGUGCCCACUGCUCAAUGUGCAGGAUGCCAGCAGUACCCACCAAUAUGGAGGCCUCAAUGCAGUGCUGUUCCCUAGGAUGACCAGCCAGCUGCCUAAUGGCAGGGUGGUUCCAUUGGGGCACUUAUGGAAAGGGCAGAGUUGUGUUCUUACCGUCACACGGAUGUUCUUCCCUACACGCAGUUAUGUGCAGACUGCCAUCCAUGGGUCACAGAGUUCCUUAACCACUACUGUGAUGUCCUGUACAGAUCUGUGGGUCAGUGAACCUGUUUCAUGGUAAUCGAGGAACUCAGGUCACAACCACAGGAGCGUGGCAUUGGUCCCAAGUUUAUGAGGUUCACUGACUUUACCAUUUUCCAUGCUUUCCAGAAUCAUAGUGGAGUGGUCUUUUGGAGACUCAGUUACAAUGCCAGUUUGGUGGCUGAACCUUGAAGGGCCCAGGCAGGAUUCCCCAGGAAUCUGCACUGCUCAUUGUCAGCACCUAGUGUGUGGUGCUGUCUCUGCCCUUGUGAGGGUUCAGAGGGUCCUGGAAUCAAAGAUGGGGAUGGUCUUGGCUACUAUGUUAAUGACCAUUAGCAAGACUUCUGUGUCCUGUUCCCUAGGGGUUCCCGGGACAGGAACUGCUAACUGCAUAGACUCUUAAGGCUUGCUUCCGGCCACUUCAGGAGCAAGUGACUCUCCCUGUCUCUGAAUCAGUAAGCAAAGGAGAGACUGUGCCUGCCUGGGUGAUUCCUGUCCAGUAGAAAGCGAACUGCUGUUCUGCACUGGAGGCACAGAGAGUCAGGGUCCAGGCAACCCUCUAGGGUUGGCUGCUCUUCAUACUGCCGAGCUCAGUGGGUAAGGUUUGCAGAAACUGGCACUUUAGAAGCAGGGAUUAGGGUUGUCCUGGUGGGUAAGUAGUCACAGCCAGCUGAAAGCAGUUGCUGACAGCAAAGGGACUGUGAAUGGGUAGUGAAGAUGGUGACCGCCAAUACAGGCUGUGAGCAGGUGGCCAGACAUGGGCAAGAGCUACAGCUGCACGUGAGUUUUCUUACCAGUCGGUGAUACAUGUAAAGCGGGUAUCUUUGCUUUCUUUUGUUUCUCACUGUGUAACAUGAGAUACUUUUACUUUACUUCCUAGUAUUGAAGUCUUUUUGGUGCUAUAAUUUAAGUUACUGGAGCCCAAGGACCAGAAGAAUGGACAUCAGUCAGGGAUUUAUCCUUCUCUUUUGAGAGAGGAGUGAAUGUGCUCCAGGUCCUGUGCAAACGGUUGCAUUGUGGUGUGCGGGAGACGGAGUAUGGCCUAGGAGAGUGCGUACAGGUGUCUAUGAAUGGUCCAGGAGAGUGUAUACAGGUGACUAUGAAUGGCCUAGGAGAGUGCAUACAGCUGGCUAUGUAUGACUCAGGAGAGUGUAUACAGGUAGCUUUGAGUGAUCCAGGAGAGUGUAUUCAGGUGACUAUGAAUGGUCCAGGAGAGUGUAUACAGGUGACUAUGAAUGUCUCAGGAGAGUGUAUACAGGUGGCAGGCUGUAUUAGUGCGUAGUGUUGGAAGUUGACUGGGCCGUGGGCUAUCCUGACACAGGGUCCCCCAUUAUUCUGGGUGUGUCUGGCGGUGUUUUUGAAUAACUGUUGCCCUCCCUGGUAAGAGUGGACCUCAUGCAGUUAAUGGAGAAUCUGAGUAAGAUGACUGCUGCCUCAGAGGAGACGCGGUGUUCCCCACUGACGGACUCCUCUGUUCCCCACUGACGGACUCCUCUGUUCCCCACUGACGGGCUCCUCUGUUCCCUACUGACGGGCUCCUCUGUUUCCCACUGACGGGCUCUUCUGCGAUGUUUUCUGUACUCAGAUUUCUCAAGCCUUCACUGCCAUCUCUCCAGGUUCUUGGACUUCAUGAUCAUGUGAGCCAGUCUGUAGUCAGUCUCUCUCUUUCUGUCUCUCUGUUCCCCCACUCCGUACUCCUUGUCUGGAGACCCUUGAUUUCUGGGGUGAAUUUAUUCUGUCCUUUUACACCUUUUGAGGAGAACUCUUAGGCUGGUCAUGGAAUUCUCAUUACUUUCUAAAUGGAGCACAGGUGCUGCUUGAAGAUGGACGAUGACGACUUUGGUGGCUUCGAGGCCGCAGAGACCUUUGAUGGUGAACACAGUGGAAACCAAGCAAUGUCCCCUGCUGUCCCCUGGGCCACCUUUCCUACAGGGGAACACGAAAUCUCCAUUGUGAACCACCUUCAGAGUUUGUGGUGGGACCCGAGGACAGAGUCACUGAUGCCGAUGUGGAAUAAAGUAUCCGGAGUGCAUCUCUCACCAGCGUCUCCGGAGCUCAUCCUGGACCAUGACCACACAUCUCCGUCCUCUGGCCGCCUCUCUUCAGAUGCUGUUAUUUCAUCACCGGACGACACCCGUGCAGACAGUGGCCUUGUGAGUCAGACCAUCCCCAAAGCUCAGAUUCAGCAGUCGGCGCACACACAUCUGAAUAUCCCACUCUUCCCACUUGGCUUAACGGAUGAGGCAAGCCAUGGAUCAAUUGCACUGGAGGACGACCCCGAGGGUCCUGGGGCUGAUGUGGCCAGCGCACAGCUCCAGCAAAAGAUCUCAAGUCUGGAGACUAAACUGAAAGCGUCUGAAGAGGAGAAGCUGAGAAUUAAAAAGGAUGUGGACUCGCUGAUGGAGAAGCACAGUGUCCUGGAGGAAGGUUUCCUGAAGGAGAAGGAGCAGGAUGCCGUGUCCUUUCAAGCCCGCUACCGUGAGCUGCAGGUGAGCAGCCCCUUGAACACGCUGCUGUUUCCAGACGUGCUCAGCGAUGGUCCCAAGGGAGUGGGGGACCUUCAGUCUGGGAUACACUGGAAAGCGGCAUCUUCAGUCAUCACGACUUUUUGCUACAGUGGCAUCGGAUCACUGACUCCAUGCGAGUGUACAGAGCUUACCAGAAAGUGCUUGCAAAUAGAGAUUUGGAGAAAUUGGGGAAAUGGAGUUUGUUUGUUAGAGCAAUGCUUUCCCCUUAUGAAGUCAUUGUAGAUAGAAGAAUGCCAGACUCAGGGGUAUUUGGAC